AUGCUUUCAUUAUGUAUAAUAUCUCAAUUGUUUUUUCCAGUUUGUCGUCAAAGGCCACUAGAGCUUGUCUUCAUAAUAGACGCCUCAGCAAGUAUUUGGUGGCAAAAUUUCACCAAAGCUAAAAAUUUUGUGGAUAAUUUUAUUGGGCAGUAUGAAAUUGGUCCAGAUAAAGUAAGGAUUGGUUUAGUGACGUAUGGUAAUUUUGUUUAUUUUAUGGAUGUUAUCAGGCUUUCUAAGUACGAGGAUUUACGUACUCUUCAGCAUGCUGUACAGAAACUACCUUACAGAGCUGGUCACAGUACCAGAACAGGUAAUGCUAUAAAAUAUGUCCGGACGAGUUUAUUUGCUGAAUCCCGAAAAGGAGUGCGGAAGGUAGCGGUUGUAAUGACGGAUGGAAACUCGAGAUUCCCGACAAGAACAGCCAAACAGGCUCAUAUAGCCCGGUAUGACGAUAUAGAGAUGUAUUGUAUUGGAGUCAGUGAUCAGGUCAGCCACAAGGAACUGGUCAACAUUGCCGGGGAAGAGUCCAAUGUUUUUUAUGUCACCAAGUAUUCUGAAUUAGAAAAGGUGAAAGGACGACUGGCUAUGAAAACAUGUACUAAAGUCGGUAAGUUUAUUACAAAUUUAAGUUCUCUUCCAUAUACUAGACCUUGUGGAUCUCAAAAUCCAGCUGAUGUGUAUUUUGUAUUCGACCCAGCAGCUUUGGGGACAUCUAAGACAGAUUGGGUGGCCAGGUUCAUCCGACGAUCCAUCAACACCGGGGACAUGGAGCAUAUGCAGUUUGGUAUACUUAGCGGAUCUUGUCCAAUUGAUGCUGGUUUUGAUUUAGACCGUUAUGAUAACAUCGAAGACAUUGAGAAUCAUUUAGCAAAACUGACCACACCAAGAAUCCCUGGGUUAAUGGAAGAUGUUAUUGCCAAUGGUUACUCAGUUGAACGUGGAGGACGACCGGACUGUCGUAACGUUACCUUAAUGUUCGUAGGAAACCGCAUUAAAGAUGCAUCUGAAAUUGUUAAAGCCGCCAGGAAGGCUCGGGAUUCUGGCAUCGAACUGUAUUUUGCGAAUGUUGGUGAUGCUACAGAACGUCUUAUGAACAGACUUGAUCAAUUUGGAAAACGUCUUGACCACUCCAAAUCAUUGAUUCUGCAAGUGUCACAAUUUCUGUCAGGACUGUGCUCAAAGUAA